AUGUCUUCGGAAUUCCCUUUAUUCCGACUCCCAUUGAUAGUACUAAAUCAUGGGCUUAAAUUGAUGACUCCAUUCGAAAUAGAUCACAUCGCUGGGGAGGAGAAACUUAUGAGAUUUUACGUACCCAUGGAAGAUGGAUGUUUCGGAUUCCGCCCAUUCAUCAAUCAUCUAUCCUUCAUUUUCAAUAUAACACUGACCGAUCUGGAACUCCACUUCCAAGACUUUACACAACAUGAAAACGAGAUAAUAAUUGAUUUAUAUUGUGGGAAUACUACAAGAAACACUAAUUAUGCGAAAAACUUGACUCUGGUUGGAGAAUCAGUGAGCACGCCAGGAGAUGAUGAAUUAGUUAAUCACAUUCUGAAUCGACAAGAGGCGGAAUGUGAACUGACACUCGACAUGCAGUCUUUUACAUUCAAUAUCAGAAGAAGUCAAUUCCGAUACAUUCCAAACCAAUUAGUCAUUCGGAAUUCUAGCUGGGUCUCUAGCAUUGACAUUGAAUAUUUCAAUUCAUUCUCUGUACUCAUUUUUUCUGCACACUCAAUUAUGUGGUGGUGGCAUCUUUACUAA